UCUCAUUCCAUUUAGGUAUGCUAGAAUAAUAUAGCAUGCCUUGACGCCCGCGAGAAGAGAAACAAAGCAAAAAGGGUCUAUUGUUAGAGCCGAAGAAUUUUCUCAUUUCAUUCGCACUUUCUCCAACCCGGCUAGUCUUCGCAGUUCUUACCUUUUGCCUCUUCUCUCUUCGUCAAAUCGCCGUCGAUCCAAUACAAUGGUGAGAGGAUCUCUCAAAAACCUAAUUUCGAAAUCUCUUUCAUCCGCUGGGAAAUGGCAGCAGCAGCAACUUCGUCGUCUCAACAUCCACGAGUAUCAGGGUGCUGAGCUCAUGAGCAAGUAUGGAGUCAAUGUACCUAAAGGAGUUGCUGUAUCUUCUGUUGCAGAAAUUCAAAAGGCCAUAAAAGAAACUUUUCCCGCUCAUGAUGAGGUGGUAGUUAAAAGUCAAAUCCUUGCGGGUGGACGAGGACUGGGAACAUUUAAAAAUGGAUUGAAAGGAGGAGUCCACAUUGUGAAGGCGGAUCAAGUGGAGGACUUGGCUGGAAAGAUGCUUGGUCAAAUUUUGGUUACUAAACAAACUGGUGCUCAGGGAAAACCUGUUAACAAGGUUUAUUUGUGUGAAAAGUUGUCGCUUACAAAUGAAAUGUACUUCGCCAUCAUGCUUGAUCGUCAGACUGCUGGUCCACUUAUAGUUGCGUGCAGCAAAGGAGGAACAAGCAUUGAAGACCUUGCUGAAAAAUUUCCUGACAUGAUCAUUAAGGUGCCUAUUAACGUAUUCAAAGGAAUUACUGAUGCUGAUGCUGAGAAAGUGGUUGAUGGUCUGGCAUUAAAGUCUGUUGAUAAACAGUCUGCCAUUGAACAAGUGAAGAACCUAUAUAAAAUUUUCUGUGAAUGUGACUGCACCAUGCUUGAGAUUAAUCCUCUAGCUGAAACUUCCGACUCCAAAUUGGUGGCUGCUGAUGCAAAGCUCAAUUUUGAUGACAAUGCUGCAUUUCGUCAAAAAGAGAUAUUUGCUUUGCGUGACACAUCGCAGGAGGAUCCUCGAGAGGUUGCUGCAGCAAAAGCUGACUUGAACUACAUUGGGCUGGAUGGAGAGAUUGGUUGCAUGGUCAACGGAGCAGGAUUGGCUAUGGCCACAAUGGACAUAAUUAAAUUGCAUGGAGGAACACCUGCAAACUUUUUGGAUGUUGGUGGAAGUGCUUCCGAAAAUCAGGUAGUGGAGGCAUUUAAGAUAUUGACCUCUGAUGAGAGGGUAAAGGCCAUCAUGGUGAACAUCUUUGGCGGAAUCAUGAAGUGUGAUGUUAUAGCCAGUGGAAUCGUCAAUGCUGCAAAACAGGUCUCGUUAAAGGUACCUUUAGUUGUUCGACUUGAAGGGACAAAUGUUGACCAGGGAAAGAGAAUUUUGAAGGAGAGUGGAAUGACCAUCAUAACUGCUGAAGACCUUGACGAUGCUGCGGAAAAAGCAGUAAAAGCAGCGUCAAGUUGAGAGUGUUAGUUCUCGAAUCUCCAUAAUCCCCUCCAUGAGAUUUUGCUUUAUUUUCAACAAAAUUUUAGAAUGUCUACUCCAGUGUGAUGGAGAAAACUUGCAUAUAAAUGGCAAUUAUGAUCGAUUGCAAAUCACAAGAUUAACAAUGAGGAAAAGCACCAUUUUUAAGCUAAAUGGAAACCCAUUAUAUUUUUUUAAGCUUUCUCAUGUUCAAGCAGUCGGGCUGCAAGAUUUUCCGUGUUUCAACCUUAUUAGGUCGACUUUUUUUGGUGUAUUAAGCUAUUUGACUGGCUUUCACUACAAUAAAUUGUCUUCCUAUUUCAUCCAGAGAAAAGGAAUUUUUUUAACCAUUGGUGCGCUCGACAUUAA